UAUACUGUAUAAAACAAAUUAUAUAUUAAAAAAUUUAAAUAAAAAAUUGAAUAUUAUUUUAUUUUUUUCAUAAAGUAAUGACGUAUCUAGCAGUGGUAGUACAGAUUUAGUGGAUAGUGAUUCAACUUUUACAACUGGAAAACAAAAACAAGCCAUUAAUUUAUUAGAAUUAGUGCAGAAAAGUACAUAUAAAUCACCAGAGGCAUUUGCUUUGUUUUGUGAUGAAUUAUCCAGAAUUAUACAAAAGGGUGAACUGGAUAAUCGAAUAAAGCAUUGGAUUAGUAAACGUAUCACUUCUGAUUUCUAUAACAAAUAUACAGUAAAUUUAGAAGAUGUUCCAUUAGAAUGUAAUAAUAUGAAUUUAGAACUUGGAUAUGGUAUAAGUACAGAUACAAGCAAUAUUGUUUUGAAUCUGAUGCCUGUCAUUUUAAAUUCUAAGCAAAAAGAAAAUAAUGCUUCAAAUAUUUCCCCAAUUAUAAUAACACCAUUAUUUCGUUUACUUCAAAUCUGUGAGCAAAGUCAGAUUUCAAUCUCUCUAAAUGCAUUACAAGAAUUAUUAGGUUGUCCAGUUUCUUUGCCUCAUCAAAAUGAAUUAAAGGAAUUUUCUAAAUUGUCUAUAGAAAUGAAGCAUGCAGUCUGUGAUGCUACCUUUUUUUGUUUAAAUUGGUUUAGAGAAUUAGUAAAUGCCUUUGCUGCAACUUCAAAUAAUCAUUUAAGAAGUAAAGUAAUAAAGAGACUGAAAGAUAUCAUUAAUUUACAGAAUAUACUUCAAAACCUGUUGUGUGAAACACCAGGAUAUAUUCCUGUACAAGCUAAUUUUGAUCUAGAUAUCAAUGAAUUAUCCCAUAAAAAUUUUUCAUCUGUAAAUAUAAAAAAGAAGAAAACUGUUCCUAAAAAGAAAGGAAAAGGUAAAAAACAUGAAGUACAAGAAACUAAAUCUCAAAAUCUUCAAACACAGGAUAUUGAAGAUUUGGAUGAAAAUACGGAGGAUAAAAGUAAAGAUAACACAAAUAAUUUAUCUGCAUAUUCUAUAUUUUUCAGAGAAUUAGAUUUGGAUAUUUUCAUUUUAUUACAAAACGGUUUAGACAUUAACAGUGAUUUAGAAUUGCAUUCUGAAGAGAAUCUUAAACUUAAUCCAUCUGUACUUUGCUUUUUAAUAGAAGAUUUAAAUCAUAAAUUAACGCAAGUACUUCAACAUUCAAGUCUACCAAGUAUAUUUAAGGGAACUAAUGAAAAGAAAAGUAGCUUUUCUAAUCUUAAUAUACGUACCCCAACAGAAAUUGUAGAACAAGUAAUUGCACUAUUACCAGCAUUGUGUGAUUUAUUUGAGAUAACCUGUGAUUACUUUAAGGCUAUCAUAGAAAAGAAUGACGGCAUAAUUGAUGGGUUGGAGAUGUUUACAGAUGUUUCAAUUAUUAUUGCACAUUGCAGUGAACUGAUCCUACAAACUAUACAUAUGCUUCUUUCUUGGAACAGUUUCUUAGGAAAAAACAAAACUCUGUUACAAGAAAUUCUGAAAGUAUUUGCAUCUAGAAAUACUGAAAUAAGUGUAUCUUCUUUGGGAUUACAAGAUACAGCAAAAUAUGCAUUUCAAUAUUUAGAAAAAUUCUCCAGUAAUCUCUCCACUCUAGAAAGUAGCACCAUGCUUAUUAAAGUGCUAGACACAAUUGUUAUUCACCUUGACGACGACACAAAGAAUACAUUGGCACACAAAGCAGAAACCUUUCUGAGGCAGGAAUGGGAUACGAAAAAGAGACAAAAAUCUAAAAAAGCAAAAAUAAAUGAUCAUAUAAGGACAUUAUUAAAAACAUAUCUUAAAUUCACAUCGGAUACAAUGAAAGAAUUGGAAAUUUUAUCCACCAAAGCUAUUCCGCAACUUGUGGAAUCUGAAAGUAAAGAAGUACAUUGUACAGAUUUUCCUACUUUAAAUAAGUCAACAUUUAAUGUAUAUUAUCAAAUGAUGUACUAUUAUCUCUGUGAGGAUGUGAAAGAUUAUUUUUCAAAGAAUAAGAAUUCUAAAGAGAAUCAAGAAUCCAAUUUAAAACAAUGGCUGAUUGCUGUAAGAAUAUUUCACGUCCUGGUAAAUCUGCUAAAGGUAUUUGAUGGAAAAUUAAAUAUAGCCUGUACAUUAAAGUAUGGAAGACAAUUUGUGGACAUGUUUCUAAAACAAGGAAUGCCUCUACUGGAUGAAGUAUUCCGCAGUCACUGUGCUGAAGUGCAGAAUCUUCUAAAAACUCUUCAAAUGAGUAAUCGUUUCUUACAGCAUGUGUGUAGCCAUUCCAAGGUAACAAAAGAUGUAGUCCUUACUAAACAAGUGCCUACCAUGAAAAGGACUCUAGAAUCAUUUGUUUAUAGAGUGAAAGCUAUGUUAGCACUUAAUAAAUGUAAAGAUGCAUUCUGGUUGGGAAAUUUAAAAAAUAGAGAUUUACAGGGAGUAGAAAUUUUGUCACAGACAACACAGAAUGAUAGUGACGAAGAUAUUAGUCAAAUUAUGACAGAUGAUGAAAGUGAUGUUUGUCCACCUUCAAUCGAAAACGAAUUGUUUUUGUAAACUGCAGCAGUUGUGACUGGCAAGGUGAUGAAGUCUUCAAGUUCUUUGCUGACUACCAUUCUAAAAGAUUAAAAUCUUCAAGAUCUGUAAUGUUUGCUCUCCUGUAAACUUCUCACAUGUCAUCAGGAAUAAAAAUUUGAUUUUGGUUCACGUAAUUUCAUUCACUUCUUACAGCAAGUAACUGCCGAGUUCAAAUGUUUUGCAAAACAUCAUGUUGGAUGUUUCAGAAGAGUUUGAUAUUUUCAUCUAAAACAAUAAUCAUGCAACUCAGAGAAUGAAUUAAACAAAAAAUGGUGCUUGGAGAUCAUCAAGCAGCAUCUUUAUCAUUUCUGUGCACUCAAAAGAUAAGUUGUUUAAUAAAUUUUGCAUUAUGCUGUUGUUAUAUUUAAGAAGAAACACUCCUGGGUGAUUCACAAGUCCCUGGAUCUACUGAUAUGAAGAUAUCCUACAGUAAAAAUAAUAACUUGUACUGGAACUAGAAAGAAUUAAUCAAAAUUAUCACCUUUU